AUGGCUGAUACUCCUCCGAAGAGUAAUCCUGAACGCCAACCGAGACAUUAUCAACGUGUUACCGCCGUUUGCGAAAACUUGGAAUACUAUGCACGGCACAUGGAGCCAAUGCUUUCUACGAGAGAUAGAACAUUUGGAGAUGACCCGUCGCGCGAAACAAACACGGCUACGAACAAUUGA